CAAGUAUCAUGCAUUCAAGAGAACUAAUACCUCAAUCGUAGUGAAACAAUUUCUCAUAUUUAUCCGCUGAGCGUAUAAAUACUUCUUCCCCCCUCUCACUUCUUCUCAUUGUUCACGAGACCAAAAACUCACAAUCUCACCAUCAAAAUGUCGUCCUCAGAUAUCCGAGUCGAGCCAAUCACCAAUCCCGGCGACUUCACGCAGGCUUUCAGAGCCGUCGCUAAUGCAUUUGGCCACCAAACCCGUGAUGCCAUCUGGAUGGCCUUCAACCCAGGCUGGGAUACUCCUGAGGGUGAAAGAGUCGGUACUCAACGUCUAGUUGAUCGCUUUUCACACAUCACCAUGAACCAGGAUGGUCAACCCAACACCAUCUUUGUAAAAGCCACCAUCGACAACACCAUCGCUGGCCUCGCUAUAUGGGAGCAAGCCUCUGUUGUUCCAGGCUAUGGCAAUCCCCCCAGUGAUCUUCAAGCAUCGGGUUAUUUCAAGAUGUUGUACCCUGGAAACGAAAAGGAGCAGAGAUUUCUUGCUCAGGCGGAUAAGUCACUCUUUGGACGACGAAUUGAGAUCAUCAACGAGAAAGCUGAGGCAUCUCCCCCUGCAGUUUUUGUAAUGGAUCUUUGUGCUGUUGAUCCAAAGUUUCAGAAAAGGGGGCUUGCGUCUAAGAUGGUGCAAUAUGGCCUUGAUGAGGCCAAGAGAAGGAAUUUGGAGUGCGUUACUGAGGGAUCGACCAUGGGAAGGUCGGUGUAUUUGAAGUUGGGCUUUAAGCAAGAGGGUCCUGAGACGGUCUAUAACAUGGAUUAUGAGUUCAAGGAUAGGGACUUGCCAUCCAAUGUCAUUUUAAGAACAGGCAUCUAAAACCAAAGCGAAUGAAAUAGAAUA